CGGGGGGCUGGAUGAGGGCUGGUGGAGACUCUUGAGGGGGGGAGAGAGGCAGCUGUGCGUAUUUUUUUUCUUGAGUGUGUUCUUGACUCGUCGAGCAGCAGGAGGACUUGAAAACUUCACCGCCUUCAGCUGGAGACCUUCCACCGGAGAAUUUGGCCGAAUUUUUUUUCCUCUCCCGGAGCCGAAGCAGCAGGCAGCUUGUUGACCGCCAGAGAAGGACCGGUCCGGUUCUCAGCACUGGAACCAUUUCCGCCAACAUGGAUGAUUUAGAUGCUUUGUUGGCGGACCUUGAGUCCACAACAUCCCACAUCUCCAAGCGCCCACUUUUUCUGUCUGACGAGACCGCCUACUCCUUCCCUGUUGGGAGUCAGGGCCAGCCAGAAAUCUGCUCUCCUCCCCAAGCACCACCAACUCCCUCUGAGCGAACUCUGAACGGACUAGAUGAAACAGAGUCCUUCAGCUCAGCUCAGAGAAGUCCCUGGUCUAGAGACAGCAGCAGUCCGAGCCAACCCGUUGGUGAAGAGGACCACGUAUACAGUUUCCCUAAUAAGCAGAAGAGUAGUGAGUCAUCAGCUGUUGCCAUGAACUCAUCGUUGGGCAGCAACCUGUCUGAGCUGGACCGCCUGCUGUUGGAGCUCAACGCUGUCCAGCAAAACACCCCGGCCUUCCCCACAGAAGAAGAAGCAGCUCCACCACUGCCUGCCAGCAGCAUCAUCCACCACAUCCAGGAAAAUGGAGUCUCCAAUGCUGGCAAAGCCGCCCCACCAACACUGGAUAAGCCUAAACGUGGUGCAGCAGCUCGAGGAAUAGAGGAUGUACGACCAAGCGUAGAGAGCCUUCUGGAUGAGCUGGAAAGCUCUGUGCCCUCACCCAUUCCCACACCUUUGGUGGUGUCAGAUGAACAAACAGAUGGACAAGAGGAAACACUAUCACAACAACAGGCCAGAAUGUCUGCUUCCUCUGCCACCAGAGAACUGGAUGAGCUCAUGGCCUCCUUGUCUGACUUCAAAAUCCAAAGCAAUAUCCAGUCGCAGGGAAAGACUUCUCCCACUGCUCCCCCCAAACCAGCCAACAAGCUCGACAACAUGCUGGGAAGCCUGCAGUCCGACCUCAACAGACUCGGAGUCCAGACGGUGGCUAAAGGCGUCUGUGGUGCCUGCAAGAAACCGAUUGCUGGACAGGUGGUGACUGCCAUGGGCAGAACAUGGCACCCUGAGCACUUUGUGUGCACCCACUGUCAGGAGGAGAUCGGCUCCAGGAACUUCUUUGAGCGUGAGGGGCAGCCUUACUGCGAGAAAGACUACCACAGCCUGUUCUCCCCGAGAUGCCACUACUGUAAUGGACCCAUACUGGAUAAAGUAGUGACGGCUUUGGACAAGACUUGGCAUCCGGAGCAUUUCUUCUGCGCCCAGUGUGGAGCCUUUUUUGGACCAGAAGGUUUCCAUGAGAAGGAUGGAAAGGCUUUCUGCAGGAAGGACUACUUUGAUAUGUUUGCCCCUAAAUGUGGUGGUUGUGCCCGUGCCAUCCUCGAGAAUUACAUCUCUGCCCUCAAUUCCCUUUGGCACCCUGAAUGCUUUGUGUGCAGGGAGUGCUUCACGCCGUUCAUCAAUGGCAGCUUCUUUGACCACGACGGCCAGCCCUACUGUGAGGCGCACUACCACGAGCGGCGUGGCUCGCUGUGCUCCGGCUGCCAGAAACCAAUCACCGGCCGCUGCAUCACCGCCAUGGGCAAGAAGUUCCACCCAGAGCACUUUGUGUGCGCUUUCUGCCUCAAGCAGCUCAACAAGGGCACCUUCAAAGAGCAGAACGACAAGCCCUACUGCCACGGCUGCUUUAUCAAGCUCUUCAGUUAGACUGCAUGUCUGUGUGCCAAUAUGUGUCUACAUGCGUCUACACAUUGAUUUAAAUGUCUAAAUGCACACGUGGAUGUAUGUGCACUUACAUGUCUAUGUGAAUCAGUGGUUUUUCAGACAGAGGGCGUCUUUUCGAUCGCAUCAGAAAAAGGGUGAGAGAUGUCUCUGAUUAUUAACUCUUGACACUGAAGGGACUUCCCAACCUCUCAGGCUUGGCAUUUCACACUUUUACUAAAGACAUUUUUAACAGAGCCCAAAGAGAUUUUUAUUUAGAGUUUUAUUCCUGCGUGCAACAGGAACAGGAAAGAGAAGAUGCUACUUUGCCCUUGUGUGUGUGUACAUAACAAAGCAUAUGAGAAUCAAGUUAAGAGCCCUGAUCUGUACAUUGUUUUAUUCCCCCAUUGCAGGGCAAGACCUUGCAUCACAUGGUGGUGAGCCUAUGUUGACAUAGUUUUAUGCAGAUAUGAGACAGUUGCUUGAUUGCAUGGACCAUGGAGAGUUGACUUAAACAGUUUUAAAAUAUGUUGAGUGUUGAAUACUCAGUGCUUGGCCAAUGAGUGUUGAAAAAAAAUGUAUUUUUGUAGCUCUGGAAACUAUUAAGGUGCCAUUUAAAAUAACCAUGGAAACGCUCCAUACGUACACAUUGAACCCUUCCUUCACUUCUACUAGUUCAACCUCUUUGCACACUCUGACAACAGAUCUCUUGAUGAGACCAUCUUAAGGUGCAUUUUCUAAGUUAGUGUCAUCAAGACAUUAAUUCUUAUUUUUCUACGGUUUUCCUAUGAAAAUGAACUCGGAUGUUUUCUCCGUUUCAGCUCACAUUUCAUUCACAUUUGUAUCUCAAUUACUUCCCGCUGAAAGUGAAAUCAAAUCCAAAUCUUUUUACCUGUUGUAACUUUGUUUUUACUUCACUACUGCGACUUAAAUGUGUUAUUUACAUUAAUAAUGUUCAAAUAAAAUUGAACUGCUGCAACUAAUUCUAUCAAAAUGUAGGUCAAUAAGAAUAAUUAAUGUGCUAUUGUUAGAAAUGUUUUCAGCUUUUGGUGCAAUUUAUGAGAAAAACAAGCCAAAACAAAGGUGUUUGUCUUUACUCCAGUUUUAAAGUGGAGAUUUUACUGCUGUAUCUACCCACAGUUAUCACAGAGUAAAUUCAAACUAAUUUUAUUCAGAAAAAAAAUAUACUUCAUUUCAACAUCCUUUCGUUUUUACUGUUGCUACUUAUGUACAUUUAUCACUGUAUUCAAUCUAUCAAUGAGGCUGCUUAAAGAUAUAAAAUGUGUUUAUGCUUUUUGAAAUAGAAGCAUGCCAAUUUCUUUUAUGUGGAGUUUUAUCAGCACCAGCUGCCAGUUGCUGUUACAAUCAAAAUCUAAAUUUGUAUACCUGUAAUACACUCAACUGUGUGACAGAACUGUGUUUUGUCACUGUUUUGAUGAAAAUUUAUAUAUUUUUGAGCUGUACACUGAUAUGCAAAGAGCUGGCUCUAUUGGCAUGUAGCCUAACAAUAGUUUACCCUGGUCUCAUUCCUUCACACUCUCACACAUGUACCAGCUUAGAUUCCGGUGUGUCAGAUGUCCAAGGAAACGCACCCUUGGGUAUUUUUUACUAUGAAUCAUGAGCUGUGAUCCUGCUGUCUGAAUGGUGUCAGUGUAAAGCUCACUGACAGAAGCUGGAUGUUAGUGUUAGCUGGUCAGGAAUCACAAUAUGACACCAAGCCAGGGCCAAGCCUUUAGCAAAAUAUAUCAAUAACUCAUCUUCCUUUGACUUGUAGCUCUGUUUUUGCCUUAUACGAUACAUUGCGUGGGUUUUUUUUUUUUUUUUUUUUGGAACGAUGCUUGUCUUUAAUUUUGAUCCCUGUGUGUGCAAGGAGUUAAUACACAAUAUCCACAUUCAGAUUGUUUUGAAUUUGAGAAGAUAUUUCUUGUGCUCUUGUGCCAAAUGUGUCAAUGCAAUAAGGUCUUAUACACUGUGGAGCUCUCAGCCUUUCCUGUGAUUUGACUCUUUUCGGGCUGAGCUCUGGGAGAGGCUUCAUCUGCUGUGAUGCAUUUUAACUCCAAACUAUACACUGUAAUAGACAAGCCAAUGAGAAACCCGCUGUACUGAGUCAUUCAGCAGACAGCGUCGUGUUCACUUGUAGCGGAUUCAGAUUUAACGGCAUGUAGCAGGGGAAAUGUGGGUGUCGGAAAAGACUUCAGCAUUUGCUUCAUCAGUUCAACUGUGUACGCCUGUGGCAAAAUUAAACAGGAAUUAAGUUCAUUUUGAUCAUGUAUAUGUAUCUUCUUAUUGCCUUAUAGUUUCUGCUUUUGUCAAAGAAUUCAUGAAAAAAAAUCACAGCCUUUUACAGUUAAUGUGAUUAAGUGAACUUUGUAAAUGGAGACAUAUUCAUGUGAUCUUUUCCUAUUUGAAUUUACCCAUGAGCCAUAACUUUUUCUGGCUCUAAAUGUGGAUGGGGUGUAAGCCUAUGUGGGUGAUGAUUACUCACUGAUGAAUAUUACUUCUGCAAAUAAAAUAUAAAGUAUUUA